AUGGCACAUAAUAAUCAUAUACAAAGUGAUCACCUCAAUUUUAUUGAUGAAAAUAAUUGUUUGAUUUCGGAAACCAAUUUCCAAGGGGAACGCUCUUCUUCAAACAUUAAUUACGGUUACAACAAUAGUCUUCCUAUUAUGUACAAUAAUUCAAUGUCUUAUGGGGGAGCGAUUUCGCAUCAUCAACAACAAAUGGCCGGCUCUAAUGCUUCAAUUCGAUUAUGCCCUCCGUCAUAUGGCUCACAUUAUACUGGUCAUGCUAAUAUUAGCGAAGAACAAAAUCCCCCGUUGUUCAAUAAUUAUACCUCUUCACUUAAUAUGGCUACCAAUCCACCACCUCAAUCUAAUUCUGGAAUUUUUAAAUUUGAAAUUCCUGGUUUCAGGAUUAUCGUCAUUCCGAUUUCUUCAAUUGAAAAUUUAAAUGUGCAAGAAGAUCAAUAUUGUUUGGAUAAUUCUUCUCCAAACAUUAAUGCUAAUAAUUCUCAAACCCAAUUUCAACAAUCUUAUAAUUAUAAUAAUUUUUAG